UUGAAGUACAUGUAUGGUUAAGUUGUAAUAAAAAUGAAUAUUUAAAUGGGUAUUUAACGCUUGUUACAACAAAUGUCACUUAUAAAAGAGCAAAUAUUUUACAAGUUAUGAAAUGUUACAGGUCUAUUGUUGAACGAUUUCAAUGUAGUGCUCUUCAAGUGUUUAUGCAAACAUAUUGCAAUGGAGAGUACAAACUGCUACAAAACAAUUCCAAUAUGAUUUGUUUUACAAUCGUUAAUACAUCUAUAUCAUACGCUCGUUAUGUGAUUUUAAGGCCAUAUACGAGAUUUAAUACAAAGGGGAUAGACAAAUGGACGACACAGCCUCGACAGAGAAUGUUCACAGUGCAAGACAGCAGCAUAGACAUAUCUCAGCGCAGCCUCACUUUAUCAUUGGUUAGUGCUUCUGCUGGUAAUUAUUAUACAAAUCUAUCAUUUCUUAAAUUACACAAUACAACUAUAUACGGAAGAACCCUUCGUAGACAAGAGCUCUCUUUUUGUUUCCUUUACACAACAAAUAUAUUAAAAGGUACUGUAAGUAUGAACUCAUUAAUUUCUGUCAUCGAACUGCUUCUCAUGUUUUUAUUGAUAGAUAUAAUUUUAAUGAUAUAAAAACAAAAAUCAAUUAACUAUGUUGAUACAUUUCUUUACAUACCUAGCAAUAUUAUUGUAGCAUAGCAGAUAAGUAACAGCUACGAAGGGUAUUUGUAAAACAUGUAAUUUGUAAAUUAUCCACAAUGAAAUCAA